AAAUCAAAAACAGUCACAUUUGCAAGAAUCUUUGAACAGUUCAGUUGAAAAUUCUCGGUGGUGCUGAAAAUUCUUGAUUUUCGAAAAAUGGAGAGAUCCGAUUCGCGUUCAAAAUUGAAUAUUUCGAGCACGACGACUGUGACUUUCAACCCAAGGGUGCUUGGCAACAGCAAUGACGCUGACCUUCCAUCCAGUACCAUGGACCAGCUAGCCUCUGAGGAAGACCCACGAAAUAUCGUUAGCGAGGAAAGCCAGAGAAAAAAGAUGAUUAAGGAUUUGCAAGUUUACGAAAGCCAACUGGCCAAGCUGAAGGCGACCGUGGAAAAUUUCAACGACGUCGUGAGGGAAAAGGACAGGGCAAUUGGCAAUCUUAAGACGGGAAUCCGCCUGCUGGUCGAGAGUGUCGGCCCUCUGGACAGUCAACUGGCGCAGUUGCAGCGCGAGAAGCAGCUGAAGAAAUCUGGCGACCUCGGUUUGCUGGUGCGCAAGGUCGAGCAGGACACCACUAUGAUCAACGAGUUCCAGGAGGCGAUCUCAAAUUACAAGGCGGACAUUGACGAACGUAGCAACAACAUUGCUGGCCACCGAGAGCGAAUGGUCAAAGAGCUGGAGGCCCUGAGGGCCAAGUACAAGCAGGAUAUUGAGAAGGACAUCGCCGGCCUGAAGGAAGUGCAACGCGCGCACAACCAAGCCAAGGCCGAGAAGAACCGAUACAUGGAAGAGCGCCGCGAGCAGAUGGAGCGGAUCAGCGAGGUGAAUGACGACUGUGAGGCUCUGAUGCGCGAGUUCCAGAAGUUCGCCGACGAGAGAAAAGCCAUCACUCGAGCAACAAAAGAGUUGGACGCGAGCAUUGAGCAGAUCCAGCAGCUGGCCAACAGCGACAACCUUGCCAGCUUUGAGCUCAAGGUGGCUGACAACAAACGCAACGUCUCGCUGCACAACAGGCAGUACGCUACCCUUCAGGCGAAACGAGAACAAAUUCGCAAGCAGUUGUCUGAGGAGAAGUCGAGGAACUCAAAGUUAACACAUGAGUUAGCCGAGGCGGUCGACGAGCAAGAAUCCCUUGAGAGAAUUCGUAAGAACAAACUCGAAGAACUGCAUCAGUUGAUCGCCAAUUGCGCUGAAAUACGCGGAGAGUGCGAUCGCAUCGCUGCUCAGACUGCGGAGUAUGAACGCGAGAUGGAAAAAAAACUCAAUGAAGUUCGCAAGCAGUCACAGCGUUUGAGCGUAAACAUUCAAGCACAAACACAGCUAGCGCGCAGAAACUCGAUGCUCUACCAAUCGGCUGCCGCUGAGAGAGCGCGUCGCGAGCGCGAGGAACGUGAGCAGCGCAAGGAGGAGCUGGGCGAGGAGCUCGCGGCCCUGGAGAAGACUCUGGAAGUGGUCAGGGACUCGUGCAAGCAGGAGCUUGAGGCCACCGAGCGGUACUUUACUAGGGUCGAGGAGGAACUCAAUCUCUUUGGCCAGGACACCAACAAGGACCACGAGUUUGAAAUCAACCUGGUAAGGGAACGCAUCCAGCGACUCGGCGUCAGAAGCAAUAGGGAGCUGACCGACCUGGACGCCAAGCUCUUGGAAACCAAGGCUCAGGUUGAGAUGGAAAAGAAAGACUACAAGCUCGCCGUCAUCGUUGCGCAGUUGGACGAUGCGAUGAGAGCCGCUGAAGAGCAGGAGGCUCAGGUCAGAGUGGUUCUUGAAGGAGUGGAGCAAGAAGUGGCCGCUUUAAAGAACAAACUAGCUUCAGUCAGCAAAGAAGAGUAUGAUCUUGAACAGCAGCUCAAGAAACUGGGAGUCACACCAUCCGAGUUUGACGUCCAAACAAUUAGUAACACCGAGGAGAUUAAAAGAAAUGAGAGGGACACCAGUUCUUCUCCUGCCGGAGGAGCCCACAAUGAGGAAGGCCUGAGGAUGGUGCUGCAGCAGAAGGCGGCGGAAGUGAAGCAGAGUAUGCAGCAACUGGGGUGGAAUGCUCCCCAAGAAAAACUAAUUGCUACGAUGGAGAACCUGGCUGGCAUACCCCACACAAAGGUGUCCUACAGAAUGCAGGACGCUGCUUCUCAGAUGGAGAAUAUUUUGCGCAGUGACCAGAGCAAGAUUGACGCGCUAAAAGAAGGAUCCUCUGCCAAGCCCCCCAACAAGGGAUGAAAGUCACAUUUUGUCAUCAAAAUAAAGACAAUACAAAAUUCA